AUUCGCGUCUCCAUCAACAUGGCUACGGGUAAACGUCUCCGAACAACAUUUAAAGAAAGGGAGCUUCUCCUACAGAGAUAUGAUCAAUUUCCACCAAUGUCUCAAAGGGCUGCGGCGCGUCUGUUGAAUAUUUCACCGUCUCUGCUUUGCGUGUGGCUCCGUCACAGGAAAUUAACAAAAGCAACGACUGUAUCUGCACCUAAAAAGACUGAACUGGUCGAAGCCGCGCUUUGGGGGUGGAUGGAUAGCUCGCGCGAAAAGGGUAUUAUUCCUCCCGAAUUGAUGAUUCGAUCAAAAGCACAUGAGUUGGCUAGAACGAUGGAUUUCCCGGACUUCCGUGCAGACAAAGCGUGGUUUAGACGUUUCAUAAACCGUGAGAGAAUCAUACGAAAGCGGUUCAAACUCGACUGGCAAGAAGACGACGGUCAAAACAAUCCAUCAGAAAAGCCAGGGUGCACACGGGUACCAAAAACCAACCAAUCCAACAGUAAAUCGAUUAAGAAAAUAGACUCAAGUAAACGAACCGAAUACGGAAAUGUACAAUUUUACGAAGUAGCCGAGCGAUCUGAAAACGACAGUGAAUCUGAUUACAUGGAUGCACUCAGACAGUACGAUGACACGAGUGUGGAGGAUGAACGCACGGAGCUUGACAUUCCUAAACUGGAACCGAGUGUGGUCACCGCUGAGCUCGAUGGGACUUCACAUACUGUCGUCGUACCAUCACUGUGGCAAAUGAAGGAAGCUAUGAAAACACUGUCAACGGGUUUGCUCUACAGAGGAUUUUGUGACUUUAACCUUCUUCAUCAAUUUGAAAAAGAGGUUGAUAAUGUUUUGAGAAGAUCACUGUCCCUAAGAACACAGCGCAGUUUUCAAGACUAGUUUUCGUGGGCUGGAAUAACAUCUGAACGCCAUUGAAAAUUGGACUGUUUAUUUUGUAGCAAAUUCAUAGGGGGGAGCAGGGCACAUCCUAACCGUAUACACAAAUGCAUAUAGAUAGAUGUAUGAGAAAAUGCUGCACUGUUAUAAAAAUAACAUAAUUGUCAAAUGUAAUAUCAAUAUUGUCAUUGAAGUUAUGAUUUCGAUUAGUGGAAUUUACAUAGUUUUCAUUUCAUUGCUUUGUACACAUGGCGGGCUCAGUUGUAACAGUGAAUAAUAUAAUAAGGUUGGAUUUGGUGACAUGCACAACCAACUGAAAAAAAUGAAGGAAAAAAACAUGAAAAAGAAAUUACUUUCGCUCGUACAGUGUGAAUUUUGCAAUUUUAAAUGUCCACAUGGAGGCGCCAAAUGUUUGUCAUAUUACAUUCCCACUUUAAAACGCUUGUGAUCCGUGCAGUAGCCCAUUGUUUUAAACCCAAAACUCUUUAUUGUUGUUGUUUGUAUGUUUUUUUUACUAUUGUGUAUUAAAUGUUAAAGUCCCUCAGUAGGGUAUAUAGUUAAUGUUCAUUUUACAAAUUAAAACAUUUGUUUUUGUUUUUUACCACUAAAUUAACCCAUUAAUAAAAACACUGAUGUUAACA